UGUCUCUAUCCUUCCCCUUCGCUACUACUGGUCAGUUUCACCUCCAGCACUACCAAAAUCACUUCCUCAAACAUUUGAUUCUCACUUCACAGCACCGCCGCCAAUCCCCCAAUCCAAACCCUAGUUUCGCCUACAUCGAUCCAUGUCACUCACACUUCUUCACUUGUUUAUGUUCAGUUGCGUUCGAUUGCACAUGCGACUUUUCUGAGUUUAGCUAUUUUUCUUUUCAUCGAUUUGUGGGAGAGAUGAAGCGAGAUUUAGAUUCUGCGUCGAAUGCCGAGUAUCAACUCGUUGGUUCUCUCAGUUCAACUCCGGCGGUCUCGCCUCAGCCUCAAACUCAGGUGAGUUCUUGUGGAGAAGUUGAUGAGACAACCAGUUGUAAGAGAAUCAAAUCUACUCAAGUAAAUGGUUUCAUUGUUUACACUAGAAUAAAGAAGUCUAGGUUUAAUGAGCGUGAUAAAUUUGUUGGAAAAAUGGAUAGUAAGAGUCUAUACUUGGAGGAGCAAAAACUUGACUCUACGAGCUCUUCUGUUGACGAGAACCGAAAGCUGCCAGUGAUUGUAACUAAAACUAAAGAUGAUAUGGAUAUGGAAAAUGUAAAGGAUAGCAAUCUAACGGUAGAAAAGGUAACUGAAGAGCCUUUAGUUGAAGAGAGCACAGCUGUAAGAAAUGUAAAUGGAAAGAAAGUUAUGGUUGAAACUGUAGCCGGAGAUAGACAUAAAGGUUUGGAAACUAAGACCGAAAAGAGUUCCAUGGCAAGAAGCUUAAUUGAAGAAGGGCCGUUGAUUGAAGUUGUAAUUGGAGAGAGUGAUGUAGUAGAAAUGGCAACUGAGGAGAUCCCUGUAGAACCUUUGAUUAAAGAGAGCGCAGUUGGUUUUGACUCCCAGGGGAUUGAAAAUCUUAUUGAGGAUGAACUCUAUUGCAAAUUGGAUAUGUCCAUGUGGAUACAGGAGCCGAUUAGUGAGCCAGCGGAACCACUGACCAAGAAAGGAGGCAAUUGGGUUAGCCCAGUAAGAAAUGAUAUCCCGGCAAGGAGCUUAAGGAGGUUUACUAGGUCUGCCUUGAAACUGAAAGAGGUGGAACCCGUGGGGUGUCUGGACUCUGGACAACAAGAUAUAGAGAAUGAAAUAACUCCAAAUUUAGAUGAAGAAGUAACAGUAGAAGGAAAUUCUUUGAAAGCUCCAUUGAAGAAUCUAGAAUUGAAAAUGUCAAAAAAGAUUGUACUGAACAAAAGACCAUUGACAGUUAAGGAGCUUUUUGAUACCGGUUUGCUUGAUGGUGUCUCAGUAGUUUACAUGGGCAGCAUUAAGUCUCAAGCAUUUGGUCUCCGGGGCAUCAUUAAAGAUGGUGGCAUCUUGUGCUCAUGUUCAGUGUGCAAUGGAUGCAGAAUUAUCCCACCUUCCAAAUUUGAGAUUCAUGCUUGUAAACAAUAUAGAAGGGCUGCACAGUAUAUUUGCUUUGAGAAUGGUAAGAGCCUGUUGGAAGUGUUAAAAGCCUGUAGGAGUAUUCCUCUGCAUGCACUGGAAACAACAAUCAAGAGUACCAUCAGUGCUGCACCCGAAGAAAGAUCUUUCACUUGUAAAAGAUGCAAAGGAUUGUUCCCUAUAAAUUGUCUUGGCCAAGUAGGGCCUCUGUGCAAUUCAUGCUCAGAAACAAUCAAAUCUCAAGUCAACCCUACUUCUACAAAUGGACUAAGAGUUAGGUCAUCUGUACAAGUUUUGACCACAGAGUCAACAAGUACUUCAACACACAUUGUUUCAUCAAAUAAGGAUCAGCAGGAGAUAACACAAAAGGCAUUAGAACCAAAGACUAUUCCAAAGUUACCCAAAUGUCCACCGGUUUAUACAUCUUCACAAAAUAAAAGAGCACUGAAGAUAACAAGAAAGUCGUCAAGACCAGGAUUGACAGGAAAGACAUCCCGGAGUCCCUCAGCAUGUAUUCCUUUACGAAAUAAGAUUCAGUGGAAAAAAACAAAAAGGCAAAAAAAACCUGUUGUGCGAAAGUCAUUCAAAAGUGCUGUGCUCGCUCCUUCACAAAAUAAGAUUCAAUGGAGAAUAACAAUAAAAGACCAGAGAUUGCAUAAGUUGGUUUUUGAGAAAGAUGGAUUGCCGGAUGGAACUGAAGUAGCAUAUUAUGCCCGUGGACAGAAAUUGCUUGAAGGUUACAAGAAGGGGUUUGGAAUAUUUUGUCGCUGCUGCAAUUGUGAGGUCAGCCCUUCACAGUUUGAAGCUCAUGCUGGCUGGGCAUCUCGUAGGAAGCCGUAUGCAUACAUUUAUACAUCUAAUGGGGUGUCUCUCCAUGAAUUGGCAAUAUCUCUUUCAAGAGGUAGGAAGUAUUCUGCCAAGGACAAUGAUGACUUGUGCGUUAUUUGUGCCGAUGGUGGGAAUCUUUUGCUUUGUGAUGGCUGCCCUAGAGCCUUUCACAAAGAAUGCGCUCAUCUACCAAGUAUUCCUCGUGGUGACUGGUAUUGUAAAUAUUGCCUGAACAAGUUUGAAAGAGAAAAGUUUGUAGGAUACAAUGCCAAUGCUCUUGCAGCUGGACGAGUUUUAGGAGUUGAUCCUAUUGAACAAAUUAGUAGGAGAUGCAUUCGUAUCAUCAAAAACUUUGACACAGAACUCAGUGGAUGUGCAUUAUGCAGGGCUUCUGAUUUUAGCAGAUCAGGAUUUGGUCCCCGCACUGUAAUUAUAUGUGACCAGUGUGAGAAAGAAUAUCAUAUUGGCUGUUUAAGGAGUCAUAAAAUGGCAGACUUGAAGGCAUUGCCUGAAGGGAAAUGGUUUUGUUGCAUGGACUGCACAAGAAUCCAUUCAACAUUGCAGAAGUUGCAAGUUUCUGGAGCUGAGAAACUCCCAGAUUCUGUUUUGGAAGUCAUAAGGAAGAAAUAUGGGGAAAAUUCUGAUGCAGAGCUUGAUGUUGACGUUAGAUGGAGACUUCUUAGUGGCAAGUUUGCUUCUUCCGAAACUAGGUCACUACUUUCUCAAGCGCUUGCUAUCUUCCAUGAUUGCUUUGAUCCUAUUGUUGACUCAGUGACUGGGCACAACCUUAUACCUUGCAUGGUUUAUGGGUACUCGUCAGUUGUGUCCGCUGGAGUGCUUCGGGUGUUUGGAAGAGAGAUCGCUGAACUUCCUCUAGUGGCAACGAGAAUGGGUAACCAUGGAAAGGGCUACUUUCAGCUGUUAUUCUCCUGCAUUGAGAAGCUGCUUUCGUUCUUGAAUGUCGAGAGCAUUGUGCUUCCAGCAGCUGAGGAAGCAGAACCCCUAUGGAUAAACAAAUUUGGUUUCAAGAAGAUACAGCCAGACCAGCUUAAUCAAUACAGAAAGGACUGCUGCCAGAUGAUGAGAUUUAAAGGGGCAUCAAUGCUGCAGAAAGCAGUUCCUCCAUGUCGAAUUAUUUCUAGGAAUACAGGGUCUGUAGAACCUGUUAUCCAAUCGGAAUCUACAGAAUCCUGUGCCAAAGAAACCUUAUGACAAAAAGGUUGAACGAACAAGCCAAUUUUCAGAAGUGCCAUAUCAUUUCAUUCUAUGUUUCAGUCUCUUGUAUGAAAAGAAAACUCAACCCCUUCCCUCUCCCCAGAAAAGAAAAUUAAUAUAUGGGCAUGGACAGGAUAUACGAGUUCUCAUUUUUUUAAGUCUGAAGUGAAAUGAGUUCUUUGCAGAGAGCGGUUCGUUCAGAUUUUACUGGUUAGCUCAACUUGAUUCUUCUCUGUUCCAAGACUACCAGUAAGUCAAGGUAAUUGACCUUUUGAUUAUGAGGUGGUGUUGGAUGUGUACUGAGUACCAGUGCUAAUUGUAAUAUAUAAAAAUACAAUUCUCUC